AUGAAAAUAGUUGAUACAAAAAGAGUUCCUAAAAUUGAAGAAAAAUGGAACACCGAGGAUUAUAAACUCACCUCCCUAAAUGCUAAAGCCAAAGUAAAUCUAAAUUGUACUAUAAGUCCUAGUGAGUACAAUAGAGUUUCUACAUGCACCACAGCUAAGGAAAUCUGGGAUAAACUUCAAAUUACCUAUGAAGGAACAUCACAAGUUCGAGAAUCUAGAAUUGAUAUUCUUAUGCAUCAAUAUGAACUAUUUCACAUGAUUGAAAAUGAGUUUAUAAAUGAAAUGUUUGUGAGAUUUACUGACAUUAUAAAUGGCUUGAAGCAUCUUGGUAGAACUAUUACUAAUUCUGAUCUUGGAAGGAAAAUUCUAAGAAGCUUAACUGAAAAAUGGGAUGCAAAGGUUACAACAAUUAAGGAGGCUCACAAUCUCAACACACUUGAGCUUGAUGAACUCAUAGGCUCCCUUCUUACAUGGGAGAUCACCCUUAAAGAUAGAGAAGGAGACCAUCACUGA